AUGCAGUGGAAGUCAUUCCUUUUGUUCGUUGCCAUCGCCGACUUAGGCCUGGCUCGCCUCCAUGGCCACCAGCGUCGGCACAAGCAUAAUCCCGCUCAUCCGGAUCUGCAAGGCCCUGAGGCGGAUCUGAAAGCCAGAGAUUUGGAAGUUAAGACCGUCGUCGACCUGGAAGUCGUCACCGUCACUACGACUAUUACCGGCCAGCCCGUGGCCGAAGCCCCUGCUCCGUCCUCCAGCAGCAGCAGCAGCACCACCACCACCACCACCGUCGCGGCAGCACCAGCCGAAAUCACCCCCGCCGAGACCCACGAAGAUGUAAUUAGCAUUGAUCUCGGUGCCAGCAUUGGAGUCUCCGUCGCCGCACCUUCUCUUACCCCCAGUGCCGAGAGCACCGCACCAACCAGCACCCCAGCGGCUAGCACCACCGUCUCAGGAGGAUCCACCAGCUGGACAUCCACUCCCUCCAGUGGAGAGUUCUCCACUAGUGGAUUCGGAACGCGCACCAACUCCAGUGGCAGCGGUAUUGAAUACAGCGGUAACGUUGGUAGCCCCUGGGGAAGCAACAUCAUCGAAGUCAGCGCCAGUACCGCAUACCAAUACAGAUAUGUCGUCCAGUUUACCGGCAGCAACACCGAGGACUGGACCAUCGUUUUCUGGAACAAGAUCGGCCCCGAUGGCAAGAUGGACGGUUGGUACGGUCAUUCGGCUCUGAACUUGACCUUGGGCGCCGGCGAAACGAAGUAUGUCGCCUUCGAUGAAGACUCGCAGGGAGGUUGGGGUGCGGCGAAAGGGUCUUCUCUCCCUACGGAUGAUUACGGCGGAUACUCGUGCACCUGGGGAGAGUUCGACUUCGGAAGCACAAUCAACGAUGGUUGGUCCGGAUGGGAUGUCUCGGCUAUUCAGGCGCAGGCGGCUGGACAGACCGUUCAGGGCAUGAAGAUCUGUAACCACAACGGGGAGACCUGCUCAACGAUCACCUCUGGCGCGUCGACGGUGACCAACGCGUAUACCCAGUCGGAGGCCUCGGUGGACGGCAUUGGCGGUUCGCUCAACACGGAUUCGGUGCGCUUAGUAGCUAUUAUAGAUUAUAGCGAAUGA